UGACCGGAUUACGCCUGACUUCAGCGGCGUGUGUUAAACCUACCACAAACACACGGACAUGACAGCACGGGGUAGGGUUUCAUUUAGACCGCCAACACUUUCUGGGGACUUUAAAGCACUGCAAACAUGUACUGAAGGAUCCGUCUCGUUCAUCUGAACAUGAGAGUUUACGGCUGGACAAGCGGAGGGCUUUUAAGAAGGAUUUUUAUAUCUCGGGCGCUCGCAAAGGUGCGCGCUUGUACUCGGGACAGCGGAGAAAACAGACUUUGAAUGUUCUUUAAUUAAUUUCUUUACAUGUCUGCUGGAAAUUAAUGAAAGUUUGUAGUCCGAGAUGUCAGUCCCGACUCAUGCGGAGACGCGUAAAUUCACCCGUGGGCUCAGUAAACUGGGCACGGCGGCGGAGCUGCGGCAGAGCGUGUCGGAGGCGGUCAGGACGUCGGUUUUAGUGGUGAAGCCGCGUGUGGUGGAGCCUCUGGACUAUGAGAGUGUGCUGGUGCAGAGGAAAACUCAGAUCCUCAGCGAUGGACUCAGAGACAUGCUGCAAUUUCCUCUCGAGGAUUUCCAGGUGUGUAUGCUGCCACGACAGAUCCGGACGCUCUACCCCUCCAUACCUUCACACGCGCUGAGAGAGGCACAGAGUCUGUUUGUGCAAGAGUGCAUCAAGUCUUACAUCUCUGACUGGCAUGUUGUCAAUUACAAAUAUGAGGAUUAUUCCAGUGACUUCCGUCAGCUCCCCAAUCGUCUACUGGAGAAAAAGCUUGCGGUGGUUUUCACUAACAAUCGUGUGCGGAGAUUUGCAUUCGAGCUGAAGAUGCAGGAUAAGAGUGGCUAUGUUCUGGCUGCAGACUCUGAGAGCGAGAUGGACGACUGGAUCAACACCCUCAACAAAAUCCUCAACAGCAGCUUUGAGCUCGCCAUGCAGGACAAGAGGAAUGGAGAAUUACACGAUGAUGAUGAACAGGCGAAAAGCGAUCACUCCUCUAGCAGUAUGGACAGUUUUCAGAGUGCCAGAGAUAUCGAGAGCAAGAUGAGAAAUGAGGCACGGCUAAAACUCUUUACACUGGACCCAGACUUACAGAAAUUGGAUUUCUCUGGGAUCGAGCCAGAUGUGAAGCCCUUUGAGGAAAAGUUCGGGAAGCGGAUCUUGGUGAACUGUAACGACCUGUCCUUCAACCUGCAGAGCUGUGUGGCGGAAAAUGAAGAGGGUCCAACCACUAACGUUGAGCCCUUCUUCAUCUCUCUGUCGUUGUUUGAUAUUCAAAGUGGUCGUAAGAUCUCCUCAGACUUCCACGUGGAUAUGAACCAUCCGUCUGUGAAAGCGCUGCUGCCUCCGUCAGGAGCUCACAACAGCACCGCAGCGCCAGACAGUCCGCAAGCAGCACAACCGACAGCCAACAGCCUGACAGAGAGCGCCAUUCAGUUUCCACGACAGGGAGUGUUUUCGGUGACCUGUCCGCACCCUGACGUCUUCUUGGUCGCUCGGAUAGAGAAGGUCUUACAGGGUGGAAUAGCACAUUGUGCCGAGCCUUAUAUGAAGAACUCAGACUCUGCUAAGGCUGCUCAGAAGGUUUUAAAGAACGCUAAGAUGGCCUGCAGCCGGCUGGGUCAGUACCGAAUGCCAUUUGCAUGGGCCGCUAGGCCCCUGUUUAAGGACGCCUCUGGGAUGGUGGACAAGAGCGCCCGAUUCUCGGCUCUCUACCGACAGGAUGGCAACAAGCUCUCCAACGAGGACAUGUUCAGACUGCUCGCAGACUUCAGGAAGUACGUGUAUCCACGCCAUCUCAAAUACGACAGCCAGAAGAGCUUCACCAAGGCCAGAAACAUUGCUCUGUGUCUGGAAUUCAGAGAUUCGGAUGAAGAAGACGCUCUCCCACUGAAGUGUAUAUACGGGCGUCCAGGAGGGCCUCUGUUCUGUAAGAAAGCGUUUGCUGCGGUCUUACACCACCAGCAGAACCCAGAGUUUUAUGAAGAGUUUAAGAUAGAGUUGCCGGCUCAGCUGACGGACAGACAUCAUCUUCUGUUCACUCUCUAUCACAUCAGCUGUGACAGCAACAGCAAAGCCAGCACUAAGAGACGAGAACAGCUGGAGACACAAGUGGGUUAUGCGUGGCUCCCCUUGCUGAAGGAUGGCAGAGUCAUUAUGAAUGAACAGCAGGUGGCAGUGGCUGCAAACCUGCCAUCAGGUUACUUGAGUUUCCAGGACAACAGCAGCAAGCAGCACACUGGUCAAGAGGUGAAGUGGGUGGAUAGUGGGAGGCCACUGCUCAAAGUCUCCACACAGCUGGUGUCCACUGUAUACACACAGGAUCAACAUCUGCAUAACUUCUUUCAUCACUGCCAGAGUAUUGAAUCCACAGGCCAGUCAGGAGGAGAACUGAUUAAAUACCUGAAGAGUCUGCAUGCCAUGGAGGCUCAUGUGAUGGUGAAGUUCCUCCCCACCAUACUGAACCAGCUGUUUCGUGUGCUCACCAUCUCCGGUCAGGAUGAUGUUGCUGUGAACGUCACCAGGGUGAUGAUCCAUGUCGUGGCUCAGUGUCAUGAAGAGGGUCUGGAGCAUCACUUGCGUUCUUAUGUAAAGUAUGUUUUGAAGGAGGAGACAAACUUAACCAAUGGUAAAACUGUCCAUGAGGAACUGGCAAAAACCAUGACCACCAUCCUGAAACCCUCAACUGACUUCCUCACCAGCAACAAACUGCUGAAGUACUCCUGGUAUUUCUUUGAGGUUUUAGUCAAGUCUAUGGCUCAGUACCUGAUUGAGACAGGCAAGGCCAAGGUGUCUAGGAACCAGCGUUUCUCAGCUUCAUUCUAUCACUCCAUGGAGACCUUGGUGACCAUGCUGAUGCCUCAUAUCACACAGAAAUACAAAGACAACCUGGACGCAACACGAAACGCCAAUCACAGCCUUGCUGUCUUCAUCAAGCGCUGUUUCACCUUCAUGGACAGAGGGUUCGUCUUCAAACAGAUCAACAACUACAUCAACUGCUUCAUGCCCGGAGACGCAAAAGCGCUGUAUGAGUUUAAGUUUGAGUUUCUGAAGGUGGUCUGUAAUCAUGAGCACUACGUUCCUCUCAAUCUGCCCAUGCCGUUCGGGAAGGGCCGAAUCCAGCGCUUUCAAGAUCUUCAGCUGGACUACUCUUUAACUGAUGAUUUCUGUAAGAAUCACUUCCUGGUGGGGCUGUUGCUGAGGGAAGUGGGCGGAGGCCUGCAGGAGUUCAGAGACAUCCGUCAGAUCGCUGUACAGGUGCUGAAGAACCUGAUGAUCAAACACGCCUUUGACGAUCGCUACUCCUCCAAGGGUCAGCAGGCUCGCCUGGCUACGCUGUACCUGCCUCUGUUCAGUCUGCUGCUGGAAAACGUCCACAGGCUCAACAUUAAAGAGGCGUCUCCUGUCAACAACCAGACUAACGUUAAUGGCCGUGAUGAUCAUGUAAUGAUGACGCCUACAAAAAAUGUGGCCAGUCCAGUGGACAGCAGCCUGCAUAAAGAGGUACUUGGAGUGAUUUCAGGAACAGUCUCUCCUCACACUCCGACCAUGAGCUCUGUACGGCACACUGACUCGCGCAGCUCUCUUAUCAGCACGGACUCUGGAAACGGCCUAUCAGAGCGCAGCAUUGACAAGCCACACCCCCUAGACAAGCGGGAGCGUUUCACUCGCCGUCACUCUUCCAGCAUGCUGCGUUUCUUUACUGACUCAGAGGAGAGGUCUCUCUCUGCACGUCUCAAACGCCAGACCAUGGACUUCUCUCUGCUGUCUACACCAACUGAGCAACACACACCCCCUACACAAUUCAGAGUGUGUCUUCAUCAGUUCAGAUAUAUGGGAAAGAGACACAUUGCAAGGACUCUGGAGGGCUCAGGACCGGUGGUUCACAAGCGACGCUCUCAGACUCUUCCUGUGUCCCGCAGCAGGACAGGAGCCUUGCAUAUGAGACUGCAGCAGCUCAACAGUCUGGACAACUCCUACACCUAUAACCACACUUACAGCCAUUCAGAUGCAGAUGUGUUGAAUCAGUCUCUGUUGGAAGGAAACAUUGCCACAGAAGUUUGUCUAACAGUUCUGGACACACUGAGCAUCUUCAUCAUGGGCUUUAAGACUCAGCUGAGUUUGGAUCACGGCCACAAUCCCCUCAUGAAGAAAGUGUUCCAGGUUCAUCUCUGCUUCUUACAAAUCAACCAAUCAGAGACGGCCCUCAAGCAGGUCUUCACUUCCCUUCGCACUUUCAUCUACAAGUUUCCUUGUACGUUUUUCGAGGGCCGUGCGGAUAUGUGUGCAUCUUUCUGCUAUGAGAUCCUGAAGUGCUGUAACUCCAAACUGAGCUCCAUCCGCAGCGACGCGGCUCGUCUGCUCUACUUCCUGAUGAAGAGCAACUUCGACUACACUGGACGCAAAUCCUUCAUCCGCACGCACCUGCAGGUGGUGAUUGGCGUCAGUCAGCUGAUCGCUGAUGUCAUCGGAAUAGGAGGGACGAGGUUCCAGCAGUCGCUGUCAAUCAUCAACAACUGUGCCAACAGUGACAAAACUAUCAAAAACACAGCAUUCCCAUCUGAUGUGAAAGACCUGACCAAGAAGAUCCGGACUGUACUGAUGGCCACGGCUCAGAUGAAGGAGCACGAGAGAGAUCCGGAGAUGCUGGUGGACCUGCAGUACAGUCUGGCCAAAUCUUACGCCAGCACACCUGAGCUCCGCAAGACAUGGCUGGACAGCAUGGCCCGUAUCCACGUGAAGAAUGGAGACCUCUCUGAGGCAGCCAUGUGUUAUGUGCAUGUGGCAGCGCUGGUGGCCGAAUACCUGAGGAGGAAAGGCAUGUUUAAACAGGGCUGUACUGCAUUCAGAGUGGUCACACCAAACAUCGAUGAGGAAGCGUCUAUGAUGGAAGAUGUGGGGAUGCAGGAUGUUCACUUUAAUGAGGACGUCCUGAUGGAGCUUCUGGAAGAAUGUGCUGAUGGAUUGUGGAAAGCGGAGCGUUAUGAGCUCAUCUCUGACAUCUACAAACUCAUCAUUCCCAUUUAUGAGAAACGCAGAGACUUUGAGAGACUGGCUCACCUCUAUGGCACCCUGCACCGUGCCUACAGUAAGGUCACAGAGGUCAUGCACACAGGCAAGCGCUUGCUGGGAACAUAUUUCAGAGUAGCAUUCUUCGGACAGGGAUUCUUCGAGGAUGAAGACGGGAAAGAAUACAUAUACAAGGAGCCCAAAUUCACCCCGCUGUCUGAGAUCUCACAAAGACUCCUUAAACUGUAUUCAGACAAGUUUGGAGCUGAGAAUGUCAAAAUGAUUCAGGAUUCUGGCAAGAUUAAUCCAAAGGAUCUGGACUCUAAAUACGCCUACAUCCAAGUGACUCAUGUCACCCCAUUCCUGGAGGAGAAGGAGUUGCUGGAGAGAAAAACCGACUUUGAGAGGAGCCACAACAUCCGUCGAUUUGUCUUCGAGAUGCCGUUCACCGUUUCAGGCAAAAAACAAGGCGGUGUAGAGGAACAGUGCAAACGCAGGACUAUCCUCACCACCACGCACUGUUUCCCGUAUGUGAAGAAGCGGAUCGCGGUGAUGUAUCAGCACCAUGUGGAUUUGAACCCCAUUGAGGUGGCCAUUGAUGAGAUGAGUAAGAAGGUGCUGGAGAUCAGACAGCUGUGUUCCUGCAGCGAUGUGGACAUGAUCCAGCUGCAGCUCAAACUACAGGGCAGCAUCAGUGUGCAGGUCAAUGCCGGGCCUCUUGCUUAUGCCAGAGCUUUCCUGGAUGACACCAGCACUAAGAAAUACCCAGACAACAAAGUCAAACAGUUGAAAGAAGUUUUCCGGCAGUUUGUGGAGGCGUGUGGUCUUGGUUUAGGUGUUAAUGAGCGUCUGAUUAAAGAAGAUCAGCAGGAGUAUCAUGACGAGAUGAAGGCCAACUACAGAGAUCUCACUAAAGAGCUGUCCGCCAUUAUGCACGAGCCUAUCAGUCCAGCGGAUGAUGGGAUGCGCAGUCCUCUGCCGGAUUCACUGCACAUCUUCAAUGCCAUCAGCGGGACGCCCACUGCCGCCACUAUCCAGGGCCUGCCACACUCCUCCUCAGUGGUGUGAACCUGACCCCUGCAGUGACCUUAUGACCUUUCACCUUUCACUAUUCAUUUCACACCUCCACCCGCCCUACAGCUCUCCCUGCUGUCAUGAAGAGGAGGUGAAGGAGAGCUGAGGGCAGUGUCUCAGGAGGAGAUCUGUAUGUUUCUGCCUCAUCCAGGGGAUUUCACCUACUGUUUCCUGUGGAGACUUAAUCAAAAGCAUGUAUUUUAUUUUUGGCCAUUUUGCCAGUUUUAUUAAUAGCCGUAGUAAAGAGGGCAGAGGAAAUAGUGUUGAGGAGAGAGGGAAUGGGUCAGAAAAUGAUGCGAGUCACAUUCAAUCAUGUAAGCACUGCAUCUAACGUGUGCUAACAGCUAAACUAUGACUCUGACUGCAACGGCUGCAUCCUCUGCUAAUAUAUAUUUUUUAUUUCUUCAUGUUGUAUUACUUGUUCGAGCUCAGAUUUUUCAGUUUUUGAAUGACGGACUGAAGUCUACUAGCUCUGCUGGCUCGCUGUCUGAGAGACACGUGACAUCGAGUUUAAACCACCAUCUGAUUUGAGGCUGAUUUGAAGAUGUCAUAUGUGAUCCAUGUGUCUGUGAGUGUGAGUGUGCAGCAGACGCAUGUUGAGUGGGCGUGGCAUUGUGAUGAGGUCAGCACUUUCACUGCAUGUGAUACACUGGAGGUGCGGCGGGGCUUGUGCAGACACAAAUGCUAAUGUUCAACAUUAUGCCUAUCAGUUAUUAAAUAUUUUUAUACUGUGGGACAGCUGAAUGUGAUAUUGUUUUAUCUGUAUUUAACAGUCUCGGCUCUGCUGUAUUUAAACUGAUAAUGUCCCUAUUCUAAUGCUUUGAAUAAAAUC